AUUCAACGACAAUAGCAGCAAGUAAAUAAAAGCGUAGGAGGCCGGCUGUUUUGUGACUCAUAAAUUUAAACUAUAUCAAGCUAGAAAAUCAUUACACGCAGAGCAAUAGACUUCAUGGCCGAUCCGCGCUUGCGACAGUUAACGAUCAAAACGGGCGUUGUGAAGCGUUUGACAAAAGAGAAAACAGUUUGUGAAAAGGAGGUGGGGAUAGAGCAGAAACGCUUAGAAAGAUUCAAAAGUGAGGGGGCCGAUGAGCAUGUUUUAAGGAAGCAACAAGAAGUAAUCUCGGAGUGUUUGAUGAUGGUGCCAGACACUUUGCAUAGAUUGAAAAGGGAGUUGGAAGCUCUGACAAAAUUUUUGUCAGACGAGGAAGAGCUAAAAGAAACAAAAGAAUACGAAACCGCAACGCAAGUAGUAAACGAGGCAAAGAACGUGCUUGCGAAUACAAACUAACCCUACCAUAAAAAACA